AUGGCUCCGAAUAGUGAAAUAGACCGUCACAUUUGCACAUCAACAAAUUCAAUAGAAUCAACAAUUAAUAUAACUGAUCGUUUAUAUUUAUUUAUUAAUGAACAAUGGUAUGAUCUUACUCAUUGGCAAUAUAUACAUCCAGGUGGUUCAGAAAUUCUUCAAAAUUUAAAUAGACAAGAUGCUACAGAUAUAUUCUAUUCUCUUCAUAGUAAAGAAGCUAUUAAAAAACUUUCUUAUUUAAAACCAUGUUCAUCUCUUCAUAUUCAAUUUAUGUUACCAAUUAUUGAAUCAACUAAUCUUACAUUAUCAUUUCGAAAAUUACGUGAAAAUUUAAUUCAUAAUGGAUAUUUUAAUCGAUCAAUAUUUUGGGAAUUAUUCUAUUAUUUAUCUGUUUAUAUUUUAUGUUUAUUUGGUACAUUUUGUCAUUUUUAUUGGAAUUAUCAUUUUCUAGCUAUUAUUAUUAUUGGAUUUGGUAUGCAACAAGCUGGAUGGAUUGAACAUGAUUAUAUACAUGGACGAAAUAUAUGGAUGCGAUGGUUUGGUCGAAUAUUAAGUGGUUCUAUUAAUGGUUUUAGUUUAACUUGGUGGUCACAUAAACAUAAUACACAUCAUAUUUAUAUGAAUAAUAUUGGUAUUGAUACUGAUCCAAUAUUUCAUUUAUUUUUUCCUUCAAAAAAAGAUAAAAAUAUAUGGUUUCGAUCUUAUCGACAUUGGUAUUUUAUACCUGUAUAUUCAUUAUUAUAUUUAAGUUGGCGAUGGCAAUCAUUUCAAUAUUCAUUUAAUACAUUGAAAUAUUUUGAACUUAUUUUAAUGUUAUUAAAUUAUAUCUGGCUUUAUAUACUUGGUUGGCAAGUAGCAUUUGGUUCAAUUCUUAUUGGUAGUUUACUUGUUUCUUGUAUUAUCACAACAAUACAUCAAAGUAAAAAAAUAUUAAUUGAUUCACAUUAUUCAUUUGUUGAAAAACAAUUUUUAACAACACGUAAUGUUUAUUGUAAUAAUUUUUUUAUGGAAUGGUUAUGGGGUGGAAUGCAAUAUCAACUUGAACAUCAUCUAUUUCCAAUAAUGCCAAAAUAUAAUUAUGCAAAAAUAAGACCUAUUCUUCAAAAAUGGACAAAAGAAAAUGGUAUUCAUUAUCGAUGUGAAAAUGUUUGGUCAAUUUGGUAUCGAAAUUAUCUUAGAUUAAAAUAUUUUACAAAUCAAAUAAAAAAUACUUAA